UGCGCCGCGGGCCACCGCGCCGAGCUGCUCCGUUUCCCGGAAAGAUCAACCGAAAUUGGCAAACUUCUGAGUUCUUACUUGGAAAAGAAAAGUGAGGUGGAGGACCACUCGGUGCACCUACUUUUCUCCGCGAACCGCUGGGAGCAAGUGCAAGCGUUAACGGUUCUCUUUUCCUCCUGCCUCCCCCCGUGGGGACAGAUGGUCGACGCUUCCAAAAGCAUCGAAGAUGUCCACAAGGAAAUCCACGCCCUCUGUGUGUACACCAUCCAGGCUGCCGCGCAGAGGCCGCUGGGGGAGCUGUGGAAGUAGCCAUGCCGCGCCCCCUCCUGUGGUCCUGCGAGGCCGAGCUGGGGGUACGUGGAUGCCCGGACGACGUGCUCACGGAGCAGGACGCAGAGACAAGCAGCUGCGGGUCAGCCCCCAGGAGCCCGUGGGGCGUGCUGUGGUGCCGCUGUCCUCGGUCCUCUCUCUCACCCCCAAGAUACCAGUAAAUUACUGUGUUUUGUGCUUUCGUACGGGAAUUUAACACACAGGCAGGCAGUUUCAGUGAAAUGCCAGUCAGUUAAAAUUCUCCUGAAUUUCUUACAGGCGCUAAUAAAAAUUCAUUUGAAAAGAUA